GGCCGAAAAAGCGAAAAAGACAACUUGCGAUCUGCCACCCAGGGUCCCCGGCCGUAUAAAUACCGUGUGGUCCCCCCCUCUCUCUUCAUGCUCCUCACUACUCUCUCAAGCAGUCUUCUCCUCUCUCUCACAUCUUGCUCGCUCUACCUCUAGCAAGGCCAUCCUCGCUCGCUUUCUUUGGCACUUAUACCUCCACUCAUCUCCACUCGCCAUCCCUCCCCCUUGCUACAAUGUCUGGAUCCUCCAUCCCCAUUGAAAAGAAUGUCGAUCUCGACUCCCCCGAGACCGGCUCCCUCGACCAGGUCCAGCCCAAGGUUGGUCUGGCCAACCUGGAGGAGCAGCAGUCCUGGAACUGGUUCACCAUCCGCACCCUCAUCACCUCCGGAACCGGCUUCUUCACUGACGCCUACGAUGUCUUCAUCAUCAAUCUGAUCGUCCCCAUGCUCGGCUAUGUCUACUUCAAGGAAUCCAAUGGACACAUCCCCACCGGCACCGAGGGUGCCCUCAAGGGUAUGGCCUCCUUCGGUACCCUCGUCGGCCAGCUUGUCUUUGGUUAUCUCGGUGACGCCUACGGUCGUCAAAAGAUCUACGGUCUUGAGCUCAUGAUCAUCAUCCUCGGAACCUUCUGCUGUGCCAUGGUCGGGUCCAACGCCAAGGGUGCCGAUGUCAUCUCGUACCUCACUUUCUGGCGCUUCAUUCUCGGAAUCGGUAUCGGUGGUGAUUACCCCAUGUCUGCCACUGUCACCUCGGAGUGGGCCUCUGCCGGUCGUCGCGGUCAGCUCAUGUCGAUCAUCUUCUCCAUGCAGGGUAUCGGUAACAUGAUGGCUUCCGUCGUCACCCUCAUCGUCCUCGCCUGCUUCAAGACUGCCAUCAUCAACGACGUCGAUAACCUCGAUAUUGUCUGGCGUAUUUGCGUUGGUGUCGGAUGCAUCCCAGCCGUCUCUACCAUCUACCUCCGUCUGACCAUGCCCGAGUCCCCCCGUUAUGCCAUGGAUGUCGAGAACGAUGUCGAGAAGGCCAACCAGGCUGUCGCCCACGCCACUUCCAACAACGUUGAGACUGCCGCCUCUGCCGAUGAGGUCCUUGCUCAGCAGAGCGCCGUCGCCGAGGCCAAGGCCAACCGUAACCACAACCGCGCCUUCAUUGAGUACUUUUCUCGCUGGGAGAACCUUAAGAUCUUGAUCGGUACCUCGACCACCUGGUUCUUGCUCGACAUUGCCUUCUACGGUAUCUCGCUCAACCAGUCCUAUGUCCUCAAUGCCAUGGGCUUCGUCGGUGAUGGCACUGUCUUUGAUAACCUUUGGAGAACCACCCUCGGCAAUUUGACCGUCUCCCUCCUCGGUUUCGUCCCCGGCUACUGGUUCACUGUCUUCCUGAUCGAGAAGAUGGGUCGCAAGCGCAUCCAGUUCAUGGGUUUCGGCAUGUUGACCAUCCUCUUCAUCAUCUUGUCCACCGCCUUCCACCAGCUCAAGUCUAUUGUCCCUCUCUUCGUUGCCGUCUUCACCUUGGCCCAGUUCUUCUUCAACUUUGGACCCAACACCACCACCUUUGUCGUCCCCGGUGAGGUUUUCCCCACCCGUGUUCGCGCCACCGCCCACGGUAUCUCUGCCGCCUCCGGCAAGCUCGGUGCCAUCUUGGCCACUUUCCUGUUCAACAAGCUUGCAGAGAUCGGUGGCGCGCCCGGCGAGCAUGCUUUCUUGCCCGAGUUGCUUGGUAUCUUUGCCGCUAUCAUGGCUCUCGGUUUCCUGUGUACCUUCCUCAUCCCCGAGACCAAGGGCAUGUCCUUGGAGGAGAUUGAGCAGCGUGGCGCUAUCCAGUCAGGGGCGUCUGCUUAAAAAAUCGAUAACCAACAAACCAACACAACACUUUUUUUUUUUACCUAGCAAAAGGUUGUACAUAUAUCCCCCAUACCAAGUAAUCUAUAGAGUCUAGCAGCUCAAACCCGAUCAGCAUUGUAUUAUUAUCGCUAUUAAAAAAUACCAAAGAACCAUACACACUCGUCUGAUCCUCCUCUUACCAUCACAUUUGUAUUGAUACCAAUGACCGAAAAAAAAAAAAGAAAAAAAGAAAAAAAGGCGUUUGAACCGUUGAGUCUUUGGUAAUUU